GUGGUACACAGGUCGACCUUCACGCUCUUACUGAACAGGCGUGGCAGUGGGCUGGUCCUAGACGCAGCCGACAAUGAAAAGCAUCAUGGUCCGCUGACUUGCCACCAUAUACUCUGACAAAGGAAGAACACAUUUGCACCUGAACGCAUCUGCCUGUUUUGACGGCGGCAGCCGUCCGUGGUUCUUCUGCAGCCACAUUGUGGAUACGUCCCGGCUAGGCACUGAGUUGUCAUCAACCAAGCCGUGCCGUGGUUUUGACACCAACUGUGGAAGAUGAGCAAGUCUCCGACCCCAAUGGAAACCCCAGUGCAGCGGAGUCCGAGUAAUGGGGUCCCUGAGGGCCUCCUGUCUCCUCAGCAUUCAACACCUGGUUCAGGACCACAGUUUAAGAAACACAUCUCCAGCCUUCUUCAGAGUCCGUCAUUUAAGGAGGAAUUGGAUGCUCUAAUCCAGGAACAGAUGAAGAAAGGUGGCAGCUCAUCAAACCUCUGGGCACUCAGACAGUUGGCUGACUACAUGGCCUUGCAUGGCUCACCUGCAACCCUACCAGUCUCCCCGUCUAACAUGAUGAUGGUAACACCCAUUAAUGACCUUCAAGGCUGUGAUCCAGGCAGCAUGGUGAAAGGGGAACGACUGAUGCGCUGCAAGAUUGCCAGUGUCCAUCGUCUUUUUGACCUCUAUGGCUGGGCCCAGAUCAGUCACACCUGUCUCACUUUGCGAGUUAAUAAAGAACAGGAACACUUCUUGGUGCUACCAGAUGGACUGGCCUACAGUGAGGUUACUGGAUCAAGCCUGGUGAAGGUGAAUAUCUUGGGUGAAAUCGUGGAGAAGGGUAGUACUAACCUUGGUGUGGACACAGAGAAGUUUAGCCUGCACUCAGCCAUCUAUUCAGCCCGACCGGAUGCUCGCUGUCUACUUCACCUCCACACACCAGCCACAGCGGCUGUGUCAGCUAUGAAAUGUGGUCUUCUGCCAUUGUCCCAUGAAGCCCUACUUGUUGGUGAUGUAGCCUAUUAUGAAUACAACGGAGUAAUGGAGGCAGAGGAAGACCGUGUGGAGGUUCAGAAGAGCCUUGGGCCCACUUGUAAGGUACUGGUGCUUAGAAAUCACGGCAUAGUCGCCCUAGGGGAGUCUGUGGAAGAGGCCUUCUAUGCAAUCUACCACAUUCAGGCUGCCUCUCAAAUCCAGGUAUCAGCAUUGUGCAGUGCUGGUGGUGAACAAAACCUGAUUUUACUUGACCGGACCACCCAUAAACCCAGUCAUGCCGGCACUGUGGGCCGGGCUGGCUCUACUUUUGGCCCAAUGCAAAAGAGCCGUAUUGGAGAACAUGAGUUUGAAGCCCUCAUGAGAACUUUAGAUAAUUUGGGUUACCGUACUGGCUACGCCUACCGUUUUCCAUUGCUGCUGGAACGAUCACGGUCACAAACACGAAAGGAUAUAGAGGUUCCUGCAACCACCACAGCCUUUCACCAGUUCGACGAUGACGGUGUUCCUCUGGGUCUCAAGCAGCACCCAUUUACCCAGCGUCAGCAGCAGGAGAGAACUCGAUGGCUCAACACACCCAAUACCUACCAGAAAGUCAGCCAGGAACAAGCCAGUCCUGGACACAUGCGUACCACUUGGAUGAAGACGGAGGAAGUGACACAAGCUGGUAGUACAUCAAUCAAGAUAGAAAACCCAAACCAGUUUGUACCUCUUUUUACCAACCCUCGAGAAGUGAUCGAGACACGAAACAAGAUCAGACAGCAGAAUCAGCAAGACAUGAAGACAGCAGGGCCCCAGUCUCAAGUCCUUGCCAGUGUGGUAACAGAUGAUAGUCCUCCGUCACCAGUCAUCGCACCCCAAGUCCCACCAGAGCCGGAAACUCCCAACCCCUUCAAUCAGUUGACAGACCAGGAGCUAGAGAAUUAUCGCAUGGAAGUGCAGAAGAAACAAGACACUAAAACCAAUGAGGAGGAGGUGGCAAAUGACACGUCUCCUGCUACCUCCCCCACAAAGGGCCCUGUACCCAACCACCCCACCCUCUCAGAAGACACAAAAACGGACUCCCCGGUCAUACAGAAUGGAGGCGAAGAGGAGAAGGAGGCUGAAGAACUCGAGAAAGGGAUGAAGGCUCUUUCAACCAAUGACACCUCGGCCCCAGAUCCUUUGCCUGCCAAACCGCACGGCGGCACGCCUGAGGUUUCGCCAUCCAAGUCCCCGUCCAGGAAGAAGAAGAAGUUCAAGCCGCCAUCGUUUCUGAAAAAAAGCAAGAAGCAAAAGGAAAAAGCAGAAACUUGAGUUCAUAAAUGCAAAACCUUGAUGAAAUAUUGCUGUGAAAUGUUUCUUAAUGUACAAUGCAGUAACAGAUGUGUGGCGUUCACUGCAGGUAUAUUCAAACACUGUCAGUAAAAGCCAUUUACACACUUUGUAUUGACAGAUUUUAUUGACUUGUCAGACGUUUACUUUUUGGUUCAAAAAAAGAACACUGGGUCAGCUCCAACCUACUACUAUGACUCAUCACACAAAACCUUUGUAUUUCUCAUGUAUUUUUGUCACCUACAUUUGUUCAAACCUAGUUUACUGUAGAAGAAACAUAGACUAUGAUUCUCGUUUUCCAUACUGCAUAUAUCACGUGUAUUCACUACUUAGAAUCGGUCCCUUGGUAUUACUAGAAAAGCACUUGGUUGAUCAUAGUACAGUAUCUUCUGGUUUAAUUAUAAACAUCACAUCAAUAGUGCAGAUGUACAUGUGAGCAUGUGUGCAUUACAUGUACAAAUGUAUACUGAUCGCUACUGAUUAUGCUCUGAAAGCUGUUUAUUGUUAAUCUCCUAUAGAUGUUCUUAUAGCAGGAAUACAGCAAAGACGUUGAAAACCUGGCAAGACUGAUUCUGUCUUGCAAAAAACAAAGUUGGCUCUCAAAUAUGCUUGUGAUUGCAGCUUGAAGACUCAGAAUCCUCUGAAUAGACCGAUGGCACUAAAACAUUCCACUUUCCUCGUAUGUCUGUGUAUGUUUAUGCAAAAUACCUCUAAACUGUCAAAUAUGCUUUGCUUAAGUUACCUGGUGCAAACGAAAUGCUGAUGCUAUAUUUGCCCAUGAUUUUGUUUUAUAUUUAGAAUGAAUACGUGAAUGUUGCAAGUUUCCCAUAUAACUGUCAUUAAAGUUUUAUUUCAAAGCAACUG